GUGCCGCCCUACCACUCGGUCUCGGGCGAAGAAUAACGUUAUACUACAUCGGGCUCGGGUGCAACCAUCCAACAGCGGCUGCUUGAUAUCAAGAACGAACCCCCUCUCUUGGUUCUCUCCAGCGCCGCAGGCUUUUCUCUCCUCUCGUCUCCGCUUGCCCUCGAACAUCUCAUCAGCGAGACUUGCGAGGACCGCCGAAUACCGUCAACAUGGCCGAUUCCCCAGCUGACACCAAGAUACGGGGCGAUGAGGCGGGGAGCACGGACGAGAAGAUUGGGACGGCUAACGUAGAGGACUCCAGGCCAGCGAGGAUGCAGCCCCCUGAGUUCAUCAGGAACUUGUCCCCCGAGGAAAGGGAGCACCUGGAAAAGAAGCUGAAAAGGAAGAUCGACAUUCGACUCUUGCCGGCGAUUAUUAUCAUGUACAUCAUGAACUACAUUGACCGGAACAACAUUGCUGCUGCUCGGCUUGCUGGGCUAGAGCGUGACCUGAAUCUGACAUCUACCGAGUUCCAAACAGCAGUCAGCAUUCUUUUCGUUGGUUACCUUUUGAUGCAAAUCCCAUCCAACCUCUUCCUCAACAAGUUUGGCAAGCCGGCCAUUUACCUGCCCGCCUGCAUGGUCGUCUGGGGUAUCAUCUCCGCACUGACAGCUGUAUGCACAAAUGCGGCCGGUCUGCUAGCCAACCGUUUCUUCCUAGGUGUGGUUGAAGCUGCCUACUUCCCCGGUUGCCUCUACUACCUCUCGUGUUGGUAUACCCGUAAAGAACUCGGCUUCCGUACUGCCGUCUUGUACUCGGGGGCUCUGAUCUCUGGCGCCUUUUCUGGCCUCAUCUCGGCGGGUGUGACAUGGGGCAUGGAUGGAACGCGCGGGCUGGGCGCGUGGCAAUGGCUGUUCAUCAUCGAGGGUGCCGCCACCGUCGUCGUGGCGUUUGGCUGCUACUUUGUCCUACCCAACUUUCCGCGGACCACAACGUGGCUAACUGACGAGGAGAGGACGUUGGCCAUCUGGCGCCUCCAGGAGGAUAUCGGCGAGGACGACUGGGUCAACAGCGAGGAGCAGACCUUCUGGCAGGGCGCGAAGCUAGUCUUCGUCGAUGUCAAGACUUAUAUCCUGCUGGUCCUCCUCUUCUGCAUCGUCGCCAGUGGGACAGUCACCAACUUCUUCCCGACGGUCGUCAACACGAUCCAACAAGGCGCCCUCGAUAGCGAGAGCAGCGACGACAAGGUCAUUUCGCUCCUCCUGACCGCCCCACCCUACGUGCUCGCCGUUAUCGUCACCUACCUCAACGCCACCCACGCCGACAAGACGGGCGAGCGGUACUGGCACAUCACCAUCCCCAUGUGGGUCGCCGUGAUCGCCUACAUCAUCGCCGCCACCACCACGCACAUUGCCCCGCGGUACCUGAGCAUGAUGCUAAUGGUCCCAUCCGUCUACUCGGGCUUCGUGGUCGCGCUCGCCUGGAUCAGCAACACGAUGCCGCGCCCCCCGGCCAAGCGGGCCGCCGCGCUGGCCUUCAUCAACGCCGUCAGCAACUGCAGCAGCAUCUACGCGUCGUACCUGUACCCCAAGAGCGCCGACCCGCACUACACGGUCGCCAUGAUCGUCAACUGCGUGACCGCCUUCAUCGCCGUCUGCGCCGCCACCGUCAUGCGCGCCGUCCUGGUGCGCCUGAACAAGAAGCUGGACGCGGGCAUCUGGGUCGAGGGGGCGAUCAAUGCGGUGCCUGGGGAGGGGGCCGCGAAUGGGUUUAGGUUUAAGGUUUAACGAGGUUUAAGGUUUUGGGUGUGGGGGGGUGUUGUGCGUGGGAUGGG